CUCUCCCCCCGCGAGCACCGCGCUCCCUCGCCUCCACCAUGAAAUUCUUCAUCGACGACCUCCCCGUCCUUUUCCCGUACCCUCGCAUCUAUCCCGAACAAUAUGCCUACAUGUGCGACCUCAAAAAGACCCUCGACGCCGGGGGUCACUGUGUCCUGGAGAUGCCUUCGGGCACCGGGAAGACCGUCUCGCUGCUCUCGCUGAUCGUCGCCUACCAGCAGCAUUAUCCUGAACACCGAAAGCUCAUCUACUGCUCGCGAACCAUGUCCGAGAUCGAAAAGGCCCUGGCCGAGCUGAAGGCGCUGAUGAAGUUCCGGGAAGAGCAGCUGGGGCACACGGAGGAUUUCCGCGCGCUGGGUCUGACGAGUCGAAAGAACCUGUGUCUGCAUCCGUCCGUCAAGCGGGAGAAGAGUGGUGCGGUGGUCGAUGCGCGCUGCCGGAGUUUAACUGCCGGCUUCGUCAAGGAGAAGAAGGAGAGGGGCGAGGAUGUCGAUCUAUGCGUAUACCACGAGAUGCCCUUCUGCAAUGUUAUCAUCUACUCCUACCACUACCUCCUCGACCCGAAGAUCGCCGAACGAGUAUCCCGAGAACUGUCCAAGGACUGCAUAGUGGUCUUCGACGAGGCGCACAACAUCGACAACGUCUGCAUCGAGGCCCUGAGUAUCGACUUGACGGAAGAUUCGCUGCGGAAAGCCACGAGGGGGGCCAACAACCUGGAGCGGAAGAUUAACGACAUGAAGAGUUCGGAUGCGGAGAAGCUUCAGAACGAAUACUCAAAGCUGGUCGAAGGCCUGCGAGAGGCCGAGCAAGCUCGAGAAGAGGACCAGUUCAUCUCAAACCCCGUCCUUCCGGAUGACCUACUCAAGGAAGCCGUGCCAGGAAACAUCCGACGAGCCGAGCACUUCAUCACCUUCCUUAAACGAUUCAUCGAAUACCUGAAAACCCGAAUGAAACGGAAGCCCCUACGAUUCUGCGCCGAACGACUAACCUCGCUAGUGCGCACCCUGGAACUGAUCAACAUCGAGGACUACCAACCGCUCCAGGAAGUCGCCACGUUCGCGACUCUAGUCGCAACCUACGACAAAGGUUUCCUUCUGAUCCUGGAACCAUUCGAAUCAGAAGCUGCCACCGUACCCAACCCAGUCCUACAUUUCACCUGCCUCGAUGCCGCCAUCGCCAUCAAGCCGGUAUUCGACCGCUUCAGCUCCGUGAUCAUCACGUCGGGAACCAUGUCCCCUCUCGAAAUGUACCCGAAGAUGCUCGGCUUCGACACAGUCAUCCAAGAAUCCUACAGCAUGACCCUCGCGCGCCGAUCCUUCCUGCCCAUGAUCGUCACCCGCGGAUCCGACCAGGCCCAGAUCUCCUCCUCCUUCCAAAUCCGCAACGACCCCGGCGUCGUCCGAAACUACGGCAAUCUGGUCCUCGAAUUCGCACGAGUCACCCCCGACGGCAUCGUCGUCUUCUUCCCCUCCUACCUCUACAUGGAAUCCAUUAUCAGCAUGUGGCAAGGCAUGGGCAUCCUGGACUCGAUCUGGAACUACAAACUAAUCCUAGUCGAAACGCCGGACGCGCAAGAAUCCUCGCUCGCUCUCGAAACCUACCGCACGGCCUGCUGCAACGGCCGCGGCGCGAUCCUCCUCUGCGUCGCGCGUGGCAAAGUCUCCGAAGGCAUCGACUUCGACCACCACUACGGCCGCGCCGUCAUAAACAUCGGCGUGCCCUUCCAAUACACCGAGUCGCGCAUCCUCAAAGCCCGUCUCGAGUUCCUGCGCGAGAACUACCGCAUCCGCGAAAACGACUUCCUCUCCUUCGACGCCAUGCGCCACGCCGCCCAGUGCCUCGGCCGCGUCCUCCGCGGAAAAGACGACUACGGCGUCAUGGUCCUCGCCGACCGGCGAUUCCAGAAAAAACGCACCCAGCUCCCCAAGUGGAUCAGUCAGGCCAUGCUGGAGAGUGAGACGAAUCUCAGUACGGAUAUGGCGGUUGCCACGGCGAAGAAUUUCUUGCGUACGAUGGCGCAGCCCUUCAAGGCGAGGGAUCAGGAGGGUAUCUCCACUUGGAGUCUGGCUGAUCUGGAGAGACAUCGCGCCAAGCAGAUCCAGGAGCAGGAGAGGGUGCAGCGGGAGAUGAUGGCAAAUGCGGAUGUAAAUCUCCAUGCCAGUGGGGCGAGGAAUGGCGCUGUGCCGGAUGAAUUUGAUGAUGACAUUGAUGAAGAUUUGAUGAUGUUGGAUGCUCAGUGAUUUCUCUCUCUCUCAUUCUUUCCUUCUUUCUUUCUUUGAAAUGCAUCGCCCAUAAGCUCCCAAGCAAAUCAGCUAGCUUGGUUUCGUUUCUGUUUCCUUUUUGACAGUCCUUGCAUAACAUGCAUGAUACCACGGUUGGUUGGUCUGGUGUUUCAAUUUGGUCAAAAAAUGUACAAUAUAAUUCCUACCUACGAUACAACAUAACCCAC